AUGGAGUGCGAGCCGGAGGAGCUGGAGUUCCUGGGGGCGGCAGGCAUCUACACCGCCUCCACAUCGAUCCUCCGCGGCCCGCACAGGCCUCUCUUCGUCCGCGUCACCGCCGCAUUCGUCCUAUUGCUCUCCACCCUCUUCCUCCUCCACAUCGCCAUUUCCCACACCCUCUUCACCCACAUCAACACCGACGACACCGCCCUCGACUCCUCCGUCCCGAGCACCGACGCCCAGUGCUGCCUCCUCUUCUGCCUCGCAUCCGACUGGCUCGCCCUCCUCCUCUUCAAGGCCGCCUACCUCCUCGCCCUCCUCCUCCUCUCCCUCCUCGCCACCACCACCGCCAUCUUCUCCGUCGCCUUCGUCUACUCUGCCAAGCACGACGUGCUCACCUUCCUGUGGGUGCUCUCCGUCGUGCCCCAAGUAUGGAGGAGGCUCGCAGCGAUGUUCCUCGCGGCCUUCGCACUCCUCUUCGUGUACCACGCGGUGUUCGUCAUCGUCUUCCUUGGGCUCCUCGUCACCGCGGAUAACGGGUCGGGGUUCGCAGGGCUGCUCGCGUUCCUCCUUAUCGUCGCCUACCUCGUGGCACUCGUCUACAUCAGCGUCAUCUGGCACCUCGCCAGCGUCGUCUCCAUGCUCAAGAACUACAAGGGCCUCACCACCAUGCGCAAGAGCAGGGACCUCAUUAUGAAAAAACUGAGGGACUUUUUUUGCAAAUCAUCAACGAACUACGGCAGUUUAACUCCCAGGACUGCGGGUUGA